GUUCACACCAUGCAUAGUUCAUGGCAAUUUAUUGUACACAAUUGCAUAACAAUCCUUUGCGAAACAAAACGAUAAUUCAAGAGAACGUAAUUUUUAAAUUCGAAGAGGAUGGCACAGUUACCAUCAGGAUUAAUUACCCAUAGUCAAAGGGUGUGCAGGCUAUACAAACGCAUCUUACGCAUUUUAGAUGAUGCCAAUAUGUUCAAACAUGAAUUUAGGUAUCAAGCUGUAUUAAUAAGACAACGUUUUGACGAAAACAAAAACAUAAAAGAUGUUCGUCUUGCAAAGAAGCUUCUACUGGAAGGUGAAGAAGAAGCGUUCCAAAAUGAACAUUAUCAGCCUAAGAAGUUUCCUGACUCUGAAGGUGGAAUAGUUAAAAACAAUUACAUACUUCUGCCAGAUUAUUUUCUAGACUAUUGGCAUCCGAUGGAAAAAGCACGGUAUCCAAAAUACUUUGCAAAGAGGGAAGAGAUGAAGAAGGAAUACGAAAAGUUCUACUACAAAAUGUAUCCUGAAGAUAAACCUACUAAAAAAUAAUGAAAUAUGCAACAUUUAAGAUUUAUGUAGAUAUAAAUAUAAACAAUAGUAAUUAAUAA